CUCACCUCGGUCCUCACUCCCUCCCUCCCUUCCUCCCUCUCUCUCCCUCUCACUGCAUCCUCCUCCUCACACAUGAUCCAGCAGCAUCCAUCUCUCCGGAUGCGUCUUGAUUCCCGCCUCUUCGCGGCAUCAGCACCAGUGAGGAUAAUGCAGAGCGGAGGGAUGGUGAAGACAUGAGCAAAUCCAACAGAUUUCGAUGGAGUCCUCUUUCAACGGCGUAGAGCUCCGGGAGCUGCGGGGUGGAGGAGUCCGCCGAGGCGUGUCUCCGACGCCGGCCUCAGCAUCCUGGACAGCGGCCACAGUGGGCUGCGUCGCCCGGGGCUUCGAGAACGCCUCCUACCAGCAGGACGAGGAGCAUGAGCACUGCCAGCAGGGGGUGACUGAACCACAUGGUUGUCCGCCCUCAACUUCAGACAACAGUAAGCGGGAGCAGCAGCAUCAGGAGCUCUCUCCGCGGCCGUACGAUGAGGAGGAAGGAGGUGGCGGGCAGGAGGACGGCCUGGACUUUACCGAGUUCAACCCCGCUGAUGACCACACUGCCGACUACGGCUUCAUCUUCGCCCUGGUGUUCCUGGUGAGCGGGAUCGUCCUGGUGGUCAUCGCCUACACCAUCCCGCGAGAGGCCAAAGUCGACCCGGACUCGGUGUCGGCCCGCCAGAUGGAGAAGCUGGAGAUGUACUACGCCCAGCUGGGCUCCCACCUGGACAAGUGCAUCAUCGCGGGCCUUGGCCUGCUGACACUGGGGGGGAUGUUCCUGUCCGUGCUGCUCAUGGUGUCCAUCUGCCGGGGAGAGAUGUACCGACGCAGGGCAGCGUUUGUUCGACCCAAGAGGACUUACGGCUCCAUCAACCUGAGGAUGAAACAGCUGGCGACUGGAGAGGCAGAAGGAGGCGGCGAGGGCGGGGACGGAGUGGAGGAGUGUUUGGCAGAACAUGCAGAGACACGGAAUAACAUACAGCCGGGCCCGAGCCGGGACUCCAAAUCAGAACCAGGACCAAGCAGAAAUCCUCCUCCUGCUGCUGCUGCUGCUGCUGCUUCGUCCUCUUCUUCUUCACCUGCUGUACAUGGAGUGAACUAGCUGUCCUUGAUUUUCACUCUGCAAUCUGCCUCCUCUGAGUGAGUUGCAAAAUGUGGGUUUACAAAAUGGUGCAGGUCGCCCCAUUUGUGCUAACAGAAGAAGCACAUGUUGAGCACAAGGCUCUCUGCUGGAAUGACCCAGCUUUGGCCCAGCAUUUUGGGACAGAUAAGUUUCUGGGAUAUUUAUUCCAACCAAUCAUAAAGGAUGUAUUAAAAAGAAAAGAGGGCUCAACUGGUAGAAGAAGAGAGGUAAGCUUAUGUUAGUGUGGGAAAGAGCACAUUUGGAGGUGAAUGGUUGUAUCAAAGAUUACAGUUUUGAUAUAAAUCAUAGUACGUUUAUCAGAGUUUUACAAGAGAAAGCACAUUGUGUCCGACAGCCCAGGAGGUUUCUCGUCGCUGCAGAAAGCAAGAUUAAUACUUUAUUUAUGAAGUCCAGUGUCGAUGCUCAUCUAUCAGGCGAUCAAAAGAUGUUCAACGUUUAAACCUAGCCUUAUUUUAAGCCCCCAAUCACAACACAUACUAUCUGACUCAUCAUGCUGCUGUGAACAUCACUGGAAAUCUAUUAUACAUUAGUCAUUUGAUAGAAAAGCGUUACUGGACUGUCUAAAUAAAGUGUGAAUGGAAGUGUGAUGCUAGUUCUCGCACAAAUAAACAGAGGCAACAUUUUUUAAAGUAAUAUUUCACUCAUUUACACUCACCACCAACAUCUGCAAUAAAUGGACAUAAACGUUAUGACAACUAGAGCCUGACAGAUAAAUUGGCCACUGAUCGAUAUCCCUGGUUUAAGUUUAAGUUAUGGCUUUAUGUUAAAACACCCGUCGAUAUAUCAUUAUUACAUUUCUAAGCCAAGUAUUGGCCUCAAAAACCCAGAAUCAGUCUGCCUUUAAGCAUAACUAGACUGCACAAAAAAGGUGAUAAGUUGAACACAUGCACACAGCUUGCUUCUUUGUGUUUACUGUUGACUGAACAAACUGCUGCUUUCUGAGACUCUCUACCCAGUUAAUAACACAGCUUUAAUAUUUCCAUUUUCAAAAUAUUCUUAGUGCAACAUUUUUGAUUGGCUUUAAUUCACCAAAAAGGACAGAGCUGCACAAUAAAAAAUAGACAUGUUUCAUAAGGAAAUACAAUAAAGUACAGAAUAGGAGGAGGUGUUAGAAUGAGAACAGACAUGAGUCACUGUUGAGAGGCUGACACACAUUACCCAGAAAGCAUUGCAUCAGCAGCCCAAAAGGUCUUCUUACAGGAUUUGUUAGUCAGUGAUAAUCUUCUUCCUUGACUUUAAGUUCUUUUUUUUUUUUAAAAAACCUUUGUGUGUUUUGACCUCCUCAACAACAACAUGAGAGUUUUCAUCACAGCAAUGUCUCCACCAGGCUAAAUCGAUUAUUGGGUAGUUUAGUUUAGGGAUUGGACAUGUGUUUGAAGGAACAGCUGGAAAAGACAUGUCAUUCUGCAAGUGAUCAACACUUUCACUUCUGGUGGCUGAAUAAAUGAAUGUUCCUUUCAGUAAAUCAUUAGUCAAACAUUACAUUGAAAUAAUUACAACCCAGAUCUCAAAAGUAUCAUGUCACAUCUCUAAUGUCUCAUGCUGCAUCACCCAAAAACUGUUGCCUCAUGUUUACUAAUAAGCAUUUUUUUUUUUAAUGCUCGCAUCACUUUCCAACAGCAUCAGAGAGGGAGUCUUUGUAUCAUGUUGCAAGUAAAUAUCCACUAUUCUCCGCUCCGUUGUGCGAACGAUUAUAUUUAUCUGAUAUUUAAAGGUCCUGAGUGUUGAGUGGACAAUAAAACUAGCUACCGUGCUACAUGCUGGUCGCUGCUGUCAUAAGGAAACCUCACAAUUUCACCUAAGGUACUCAGCCCAUUAAAUCUAU